UUAUAUUUUGAUGAGACUGUAGAUAUCACGUGACGUCAACCAGGAAGCUAGACAGGGCCGUGUUGUUCGUUACACACACAGGAAAAGCGGACACAUCAUGACAACUGAGGUUGAAAAUUGGCAAAGUGGGAAACCCUUCCCAGAAACCAACCUGCACAUGUUGGAGAGUUCGUUGUUGGCUGAUGUGACCUUCCUCGUUGGGGAACAAAGGGAGACAAUCCAGGCUCAUAAAUUCAUUUUAGUCAGCCGCAGUUCCGUGUUUCACGCAAUGUUUUGUGGAUCGAUCCCCGAGACCGGUGAGGUACUCAUUCCUGAUAUACAGAAAGACAACUUCAAGACCUUCCUAAGGUAUCUCUACACAGGGGAGGUAGCGUUAACUCCCAACGCUGUUCUUGACCUGAUGUACGCUGCGAGGAAGUACAACAUCACAGAACUGGAAAAGCAGUGUGAGGAGUUCUGCUUACAGUCUUUGUCGCCUAGCAACGCAUGUGUAUUUCUCCAACAAGCAGAUGUGUUUGAUACAGAAGACCUCAAAGAAAGAGCUCUUGAAGUAAUUAAAUCUAAUGCAAAAGUGAGUGUUUCCAGCGAGGGGUUUUGUGAUCUAAGUAAGAAAUGUCUAACGCUUAUCCUGAAGGCAGAUGACAUGACAGUUGACGAGAUUUGCAUCUUCCGAUCUGUGAUGUCGUGGGCGGAAGCUGAAUGCACACGCCAGGGAAGGGAGGUAACUCCGAAAGAGAAAAGAGAAGUACUAGGAGAGUGUUUGUACUUUAUUCGCUUUCCGGCUAUUUCAGAAGUUACAUUUGCCACAACCGUCUGCGAUGAAGGUAUCUUAAGUGACGCCCAUGUCAUAAUGUUGUUACGAAAAUACUUUAUAACGGACCUGGAUAUACGGCCGUUCUGUGACACACCUCGGACACCAGUCUAUACCCUGUCUCGCUUACCUCCUGACCAAAAGUAUCAACGAACUAUAAACUUUGCUAAAUGUCGACGUGAUGCAUUAUUCAUAUCCUGUGACGCCAGAGUUCGCCUGACCGGGCUGAGCAUGUAUGCUGGGGAGAACGCGGACAAUGUGUCUGUUGACGUAGUUGUUACUGACAAUGACGGCACAACCCUGCUGCAGCAUCACUACGACGUGGAGGUGAAAGAUGAACAACUCGCAGAUGUAGUGACGUUUCCGUCACCACUGACUGUUACCAAAGGACAGAAGCUAAAAAUAAAAGUCACUAGGACGGGAAAGACACGUGAUGUAUACACGUGUAAAAUGAACAGUCAGCGACUGUGCCGUGAAACAUCUGGUGUGGUGUGGACUCUUGAGCACAGCCGGGAGAGUGACUCUAAGAACAGCUUAGAUUUCGGAUUCAUUACUGGGUUGAUCUACGAAGCGUAGUGUAUAUACCCCGUUACCCUGAUCUGUAUGACGUGAUUACGUUGACAGAAGGACAACUCUCCUACCAACACUUGCGUCUCUGUAUAUAAGUGACGAAUGUAGGAACAUGUCCUGGGAACAACCACAUAUUUCAGAUCUGAUGGGUCGAGACUACUUUACGGAUCAUGACAGUUGUUGUCUCUGAAGUCUUGUCACUCCGUUAAUGACCAUAUUAAGACCAGGGCCUAGAUUUUCGAAGCUUUCUUAGCGCUAAGAUAGUCAUAAGUGCCAUACAUUAACAUUAACUUACGACUAUCUUCGCGCUAAGAGAGCUUCGAAAAUCCAGGCCCAGGGCCCCGUUUCUCAAAGCUACGUAGCGCUACGACUGUCGUAGGUCUGUGUUACAGUAUAGGAGGUACGACAGUCGUAGCGCUACGAUAGCUUUGUGAAACGGGGCCCAGGAUAUUUUUGUAACGAACCUACUACCAACUUUAGGUAUGUAUGUAUUAUAUAGCAGCUUAUAAUGCAAAACAAUGAUGUUGGCCUAUUUCUCAUAGUCUUAGGAAUGUUAAUUAGUGAUUCAUUAUCAAGCACUGUGGCCAGGUCAAAGCCCAACUCGAUGACAUACAUUCGUUUCCAAGUUUCUGAUACAAUUAAGUGCACCACCUAACAGUGUCUGAGAGUUUAUACAGUUACGGCAAGGAAUACAGACACUACCAGCAGAAGCCCAGGCAGAUUUCUUUCAGGAAGGGGAAUUCUUCCAGUGACGAUUUAUAUAACCUCAUGGAAUUAGUAAGGCAAAGAAUACACAAUUUGCGUUGAUAACGACUUUGGCAACAACAAUAUUUUAAUGUUAAAACAACUUUCUUUUCAUGUAAAUCUGGAGUUACACUAGGAAAAGACCUACCGCCUGUUUUCUUUGCAAUAUUUUAAAUGAUCUAGAAGUGGCACUUGUACAGGAUUCAUGUAAAGGUGUCCAAUGGAAACCAGAUGAAUUUUGCGAACGAAUCGUAUUUGUCGUUGUUGUUUUUGCAUUCGUAUUUCGGCUAUUUCAGAAGUUAAAUUCUCCAGAACUGUCUGCAAUGAAGGUAUUUACAGUUUAA